CCCGUGGGGGCGGGGCAAACGCAAAACUUGCGAAAACUUUAUUGAAAACUAUUUAAUUUAAGUGUAAUAUAAUAAGACGUUUAUCAUGGUUAACAUUGAGGACACAUUUCCAGUUGUUUUUAGUGAAACUCUGUGUUGAAACAGACAUAUUUAUCAGGAGUCUGAAGGAUAAUGACCGGUGUUUACAACAAGGUUGGAGUUGCUGGUGGUUCCGAUCAUGGAACAGGUGGAGAAGUGAGGCAGGGCGGUGUUUUGGGGGCGGUGCUGACGUUCCUGUCGGUGCUCUUCAUCCUCCUCACCUUCCCCUUGACAGCGUGGAGCUGUGUUCAGGUUAUCCUGGAGUAUGAGAGGGCUGUCAUCUUCAGACUGGGCCGGGUCGUUAAAGGACCAGCGAAAGGACCUGGUUUAAUCUGGUUCAUUCCCUGGUUGGACGACGUUCAGAAGGUUGACCUUCGAACUUUCUCUGCCUACCUCUGCCCUCAACAGGUUCUAACAGCAGACAGCGUCCCGUUACUGGUGGACGCGGUGGUGUUUUACCGCGUGGUGGAUCCCACCCUGUGGUUCACCCGGGUGCAGAAUGGCUGUGACGCCACACACUUGCUGGUUCAGGCGAGCCUCAGGGCGGCGCUGGGCGCUCACACGCUGACAGACCUGCUGACGCAGCGGCCCCGCAUAGCCACGAGAAUGGAGGAGGCGCUGCACACCAGCUCCAGGCCGUGGGGCGUUCAGGUGCAGCGAGUGGAGCUCAGAGAUCUGAGGCUUCCCAACAGCCUGCAGCGCUGCCUGGCCUCAGAGGCCGAGGCUGAGAGGACGGCCCGGGCGAUGAUGAUCGUGGCUGAAGGGGAAGUGAAGGCAUCUCGUACUUUAAGGGUGGCGGCGUCCGAACUGUCGCCGGUGGCUCUGCACCUCAGAUACCUGCAGACGCUGGCGUCUGUGGACAGCGGCGCCUCCAUCGUGGUCUGGAUCGUCCCCACAGAGAUCCAGUAAAACCAAGACGCAGCAGAUACCGCUGAGUUAUCCGACCCAGAGAGACAAGAGUUGCUGCUAAACAGAACCAGACCAAUCUGAGCUCUCAGGACGUCCGUCUGUCUGCUCAGAUGUUUUUUAAAUUAUCACAUUUUCAUAUUUAAUAAAACCAGAAGUGUUUGCAAAUUA